CACGCCACCCCUCUCCUAGGGUUUUCUUGGCGCCCCGCCCCCUCCCACUCAUCCUACUGCUCCUUCUCUGUCAGUCCCCGGUAAAGCCGCAGCACCGCAGGCUCUGACACAAAGAAAAUGGCCAUACCUCCGUCCUAUGCUGAUUUGGGUAAAUCUGCCCGAGAUAUAUUCACCAAAGGAUAUGGGUUUGGCUUCAUAAGGCUUGACUUGAAAACAAAAUCUGAAAAUGGAUUGGAAUUUACAAGCUCGGGUUCAGCAAAUGCAGAAACCAGCAAGGUCAGUGGCAGCCUGGAAACCAAAUACAAGUGGUCAGAGUAUGGACUGACAUUCACAGAGAAGUGGAACACUGAUAACACGCUGGGCACCGAGGUCACUGUGGAAGACCAGCUUACUAAAGGACUGAAGUUGACCUUUGACUCCUCGUUCUCGCCUAAUACUGGAAAGAAGAAUGCAAAGAUUAAGAGUGCCUACAAGCGAGAGCACAUUAACGUGGGCUGUGAUAUGGACUUUGAUAUCGCCGGUCCAUCUGUACGCGGUGCUGUGGUGUUUGGCUAUGAGGGCUGGCUAGCUGGCUACCAGAUGACUUUUGAAUCUGCAAAGUCUAGAGUCUCACAAAGUAACUUUGCUGUUGGAUAUAAAACUGAUGAAUUCCAGUUGCACACCAAUGUGAACGACGGUACUGAAUUUGGAGGCUCGGUAUAUCAGAAAGUGAAUGAUAAACUGGAAACUGCCAUAAACUUGGCAUGGACAGCAGGAAACAGCAACACGCGCUUCGGAAUAGCAGCCAAAUAUCAAAUAGACUCUGAUGCUUCAUUCUCUGCGAAAGUGAAUAACUCAAGUCUGAUUGGAUUAGGAUAUACUCAGACUCUUAAGCCAGGUAUCAAAUUAACACUAUCCACAUUGCUCGAUGGCAAGAACAUCAAUGCAGGAGGCCACAAACUAGGCCUGGGACUAGAAUUUGAAGCAUAAUGGAUCUCCGCACCAAAUUGUCUGAUGUUCUGCAGCAUAGAUAUCCUAAGAAUCUAGUGUACCUUUGUAAUGUCCUGUGUCCUGGAUGCAAACAACCUUCUAUGUCAAUGACAAGUGUUUUGAUGGGAAAAUGAGAAUCACUAUGCUUUCAAGUGUUAUUGCUGAGGGAAUGCCAGAUUAAGAAAUACAGUUUAGGGAUUUUGCUACUCCAGGAUAAGUUUGAAAUACUUCACAGCUGCUUAUUUCUACCAUGCUUGUUAGACUGGAAGGUGUCAUUUGCCUUUUUUACCAGAGUAGUUAUAAAAUUCUAAUGAGAAAUACAAUUCUAUAUUUUACAUUAUUCAGCAUAGCAUUGUGAGGACCCUACACUGAAAAAAGGGAUAUUAAGUACACAAUGAGGAACACGUAUUUCAUGGACUGUUCUAGUCUUAUGACAGUUGUCUGACAUUAUAAAUGUUGUCCAUAGACCAUCUUAAGGUAUUUUUGUGUCUUAAAAUUUUGCACCUUGUAAUUCCCUUCGCUGACACACUACAGGAAAGCUUGAUAGAGCCAUAUGCAAGGGAAGAGACAUUGUUCCUCAAGUUCUAACAGUGACGUCAUGUGUUACCACGUUUCGCUAAAAGACUGAUUUUAUUUCCUGCACCAUUUUUACAUUUUAGUUUUUUAGCAGCCAAUCCAUGGUGUCUUCCAUUUUGUGAAACUAGACUGCCCCUUAUAUGCUGUAUGCAACAUCCACUCCAAUAAAUCCCAAAUAUGACUCUG